AAGUCUUCACUGUCGCAGCCUCGACAUACUCAGCUUCCCCUCCGUUCUCAUUGUUGUCAGGCUUAUAUAGUCAGUAUGCCCGGUAUUAGUGCGAAGAACACAAAGAAAAGGCCUGCACCGUCACAACAAGGUCCCAAAAGCAAAAAAGCUCACGUAGAGAAGAACGAGCAAUCGAAUGACAAGUCGAAGAAACGCAGCAAACCUGUCACCGCGCCGAUACAGAAGGACAGCGACGUAAGUUCCGAGGAGGAAGACGAACUUGUAGGAGAGGAUGGCGUGGACUUGGAGGAAGCAGAGGAGAUGGAGGUAGAUUCCCAACCCCAAGUGCCUAAGGAUCCUAAUGCUGCCCGAGAGUCGCAUAAAGCACAACGUGCACUUUUGGAUCAGCGACGUGCAGCGAAACCGCACUCUGUACUACUGACAGAAGCGAAGACAGCAUGGUCGCUUGCUCGCCAGAAAAACGUCUCGAAAGGGCAACGAACAAAACACAUCAAUGCCUUGAUGGAUAUCAUCCGUGGACAUGUCAAGGAGAUUGUCUUCAAGCACGAUGCGAGCCGUAUCGUGCAAACCGUAGUGAAGUACGGUGGUGCAAAGGAGCGGAAUGAGAUUGCGUUGGAGUUGAAGGGAAGGUAUCAGGAAUUGGCGCAGAAUAAAUACUCAAAGUUUCUCGUCUCCAAACUCAUACGUCUAUGUCCCAACCACAGGACGUCUAUCCUCAAGGAAUUCCAAGGUUCCACUAGGCGUCUUUUACUUCAUAGGGAAGCAUCCAGCGUUUUGGCAGAUGCUUUUGAGCUGUACGCGAAUGCUUAUGAGCGGUCGCUGCUGCUUCGUGACUUCUACGGCAAGGAAGCUAGCCUGUUCACCUUGACAAGCGGCAGUGACGAGGAGAAAGAGCAGUCAAAGAAAGGACUCAAGGGCUUGUUAGAUGGCGUCGACAAGGAAAGAAGGAGACGGACGUUGACGGCUGUGAAAGAGAAUCUCACAUCCAUCUUCAACAAUCCUGACAAGGGUGCUGUCUCGCACGCGAUUGUACAUCGCGUACUUUGGGAGUACCUUUCCGCCCUCGGUGGAGUGGAAGAUGAGGCCGAGCGAGAGAAACUUCGUCGAGAAUUGUUCGAGAGCUGUCAGGACGUCCUUGCUGAGAUGGUCCAUACUCGAGAUGGUAGUCGUGUAGUGAGAGAAUUCAUCGCAACCGGGACAGCCAAGGACAGGAAGAUCAUCGUGAAAGCUAUCAAGCCCCACGUCGAGCGAAUGUCUCUUGAUGAAGAGGCACAACUUGUCCUGUUCACUGCCUUGGAUGUCAUUGAUGACACAAAGCUCACGUCAAAGUCUUUAGUCUCGGAUAUCGUUGGCUCGGCAUCGAAACUAUACACAUCCCCUCAAGGUCGACGGUCACUAAUAUACCUCGUAUCGCCUCGUACACGACGGCAUUUCACUCCUGCUCAAAUAUCUCUACUUGCUGAAACGGAUCCUAUUCGAGCGCAAACGAGUAAGAAGGAUGAACAAACACGAAUGCAAGAGAUUCGAAAAGCUGCUAGCGAGCCUCUUCUUGCGUGGAUAUCAGAACACGGUGCCGAAGUCCUGCGAGACCCAGGAGGAAGUCUUGUCCUCGGCGAGAUCAUGCUUCAUGCCGAUGGUGAUAAGUCCGCAGCAUCGGAGGCCCUCCUGAAAGCCAUUGCUACUCCUUAUCCUUCGCAGGACCCAGCCACUCCUCAUCCAAUUUCUCUGCCACACGCCUCGCGGCUAUACAAACUCCUGUUGCAAGGGGGUCAUUUCUCGCAACAGACCAAAACUGUUGUUCGCUCCGAACUUUUUUCACCAUUGGACUUCGCCCAGAAAUUCAUCGACAUUGUAGGGCAGGACGCUACAAUCUCACUGACAAAGGGCGAUGGUGUAUUUCUGGUAACAGCAUUGUGCGAGACUGUUGUGUCUGGUGGCGACAAGAACAAGUCGCUGCAGAAAACAUUGAGAACUUGGUUCAGCACUGAUGUUAGAAAGACGUUAGAAGCAGAUAAGGAGAAGAGGGGAAUGUCAACGCUCUUAACACAAAUAUCCGCACUCUCGUAGUAAACCUUCGUAUCCUUUAGCUUCUGUCUUUAGGAUGUCUCGACAUAUUCUGCUCCUUCAUCUUGUGCUGCAAACCAUUUCUUGAAGACUUGCC